UAUAAGAAUUUUUUUCCACAGAACCGUGUCAGUCGUUAUAGUUUCUAAUUGUUAUGUUUUAUGUAUUAUUGUUUGAUAAUAGUUGUAUUAGAAAAUAUAGGCUUCUGCACGAGAAUUUCUUAGAUCCUGACGGCAAACAUAGUUUGACUAAGCACGGUUUGCUACCAUGAUACGGUCGGUGAUGGUGAUGAAUACUGAGGGCAAGCCUCAGUUUGCUAAGUUCUACGAUUUUCAGCCCAUAGAGAAGCAGCAGGAGCUCAUUCGCAGCGUCUAUGGAGUACUUUGCAGUCGAGCUGAGAACAUCAGCAAUUUCGUGGAGGCUGAGUCCAUCUUCGGUUCGGACUCGCGUCUUGUUUACAAACACUUUGCAACCCUUUAUUUUGUGCUUGUCUUUAACAGUUCUGAGAAUGAGCUUGCCAUGCUUGACCUGAUACAAGGUUCUUCCAAUAUUUUAUGUGAUGGAUUUAAUUACAAAAGAAAUGCAUAUACAAAAGCAGACUUACAAUGCAUGAAUGCAUAUACAAAAGAGGUUGAGAGUUGCUUCCCUUCUGAUGCAAAUAUCAAUAAUGUUGCAAAGUUUCUGAUGGGCACUGUUUGGUCUAUUAAAAAACAAUGUAAAGUAUUAAUGAUCAGCUAUGUUGAUGAUUCUGGUGGUUUGGAAGCAACUCUAGGCAUUAAAUUCAUUAUGGUUGUUGGAGAAUAG